AUGAAGAAUCGCGUUAUUUUGAUUCUUGCCUUAUUCGCAUGCAUCGAAGCAGCUUCUGAAGUUAUUCGUGCCAGAGCCUACAUUUUCAAAGCGGUUGAAGGCCAAAUCCCGACAGAAUUGAUUGGAACAAUUGACUUUGAUCAAUCUGGAAGCUUCCUAAAAGUGAUAUCCGGACUGCAAGCCGGUAAACAUGGAUUCCAUAUUCAUGAGAAAGGAGAUACUGGAAAUGGAUGUUUGAGUGCCGGUGGACAUUAUAAUCCACAUAAAUUGAGCCACGGAGCUCCAGAUGAUUCGAAUAGACAUAUUGGAGACUUGGGAAACAUUGAGUCACCGACAUCAGGAGACACUGCCAUCUCGGUGUCUGAUUCUCUUGCCUCUCUCAGUGGACAAUAUUCAAUUAUUGGACGAAGUGUUGUCAUUCAUGAGAAGACAGACGACUUGGGACGUGGAAAUUCGGAUCAAUCAAAAACGACUGGAAACGCGGGAGCUCGUUUAGCCUGUGGAACCAUCGGUAAGUAUUGA